UCACAACGUCAGUCAAUCCCUUUACGAGUCAGCAGCUGUAUAGCACUGUCCUUCGAACUGAAGAUCAAGACCUAUCUACCAGAGCUCAUAUCAAGCGAUGCCCAAAGCUUUGAAAUCCAGCAAACCGCGGCACGACCCUUUGCACGUCGAGUUGGCUCAAGAUGAUACCUAUAGGAAAUUUGGUCGAUCAGCUGUGAAUGGCAAGAAGAAGGCCAAAGUGGUCGAAGAGGAGGAUGAAGAGCAGGUCGGAGAGGACGCCCGAAUGUCAAAGAAGAUCUUGGACCUCGCAAGGGAUCAGCAAGCUGAGAUUGCGAGGGAGAUUGCCCUGAAUGACGAUGAAGAGGACGAUGAUCUUGAAGAUGAUGAUACGCCUGGACCAUCUACACGACCUCGGCCUAUGGAGAUGCCAUCAGAUGAUGAGGAGAAAGAUGAGGAUGCAGAAGAUAGCGAUGUCGAGCUGGAUAUCGACCCAGAGGAUCAUGCUACGCUCGAUGCGCUGGCUCCUGAGCAGAAUGGCCGCACACUGGCGGAUAUCAUCUUCAAUAAGAUGGCCGGAGGCGCAGUCUCUCAGGGAGCAGCUGCUGAAGAGGAGGAUGAGGGCCCUCCGGAUCCUAGAAAGGGCCUGAACCCUAAAGUCGUCGAGGUGUACACAAAAGUCGGAUUUCUCCUGUCGCGAUACAAAUCCGGGCCUCUUCCCAAAGCACUCAAGAUUUUACCCUCUCUUCCUCACUGGGCCCAGCUACUGGCCCUCACUGGCCCCACUCAAUGGACCCCACAUGCCACAUUUGCUUGUACGAAGAUCUUUGUGUCUAAUCUCAAGCCUUCCGACGUCCGAGUCUACCUUGAGGGAGUCUUAUUGGAUCAGUGUAGAGAGGACAUGCGGAUGAACAACGGAAAACUCAAUGUCCACUUGUACGAAGCAUUGAAGAAGAGUCUCUAUAAGCCAGCGGCGUUCUUCAAGGGGAUCUUGUUCCCCUUGUGCGAGACCGCUUGCUCCCUCAAAGAAGCUGCCGUCGUCGCUUCUGUCCUUGCAAAGGUCUCAGUACCUGUUUUGCACUCGGCUGCUGCAUUGCUGCGGCUCGCGUCAAUGGACUACAGCGGCCCAAACUCGCUCUUCAUCCGCAUAUUACUGGACAAGAAAUACGCCCUGCCGUACAAGGUUGUCGACGCGCUGGUCUUCCACUUUAUCCGUUUGGCCAAUUCCUCUCGUAGUAAAGAUGGAGACGAUAAACUGCCAGUACUGUGGCAUCAAAGUUUGCUCGUAUUCGUGCAGCGGUACGGCUCGGAUUUGACGCCUGAUCAAAAGGACGCUCUCCUCGAUGUCAUCCGUGUUCGACCACACGCGUCUAUCAGCCCUGAGAUCAGAAGGGAGAUUAUCAACAGUGUUGAAAGAGGAGCUCCUCGUCCCGAUGACGAUGAUGUGGCCAUGGUCUAGGUAUGCAUACCGAGUGUGUGUGUGUUGUGUGCUUUGUUAUACCUCAAGACAAUGUUUACUCGUUUGAUCGACGAGGAAGGGACAGUGUGUCUAUUGUGAUCCAUCUGCGCCACGCAAAG